AUGUCCACAUCUAAAGCAUCAAUUGCAAUCCUUGGUCUCAAUGGUAAACUAGGAAAACACGUCAUCAAUGCCAUCAACUCGGGUAUAUUUGACUCCAAAAUUCAAUUCCCUGUCAAAGCAAUCACUAGAAAAGAGGGCCACACCUCCACCGACAAGAUUGAAUACAUUGUAUCACCAGAAACAUCAGUCGAAGACACCCAUUUAAUUGAUUCACUCAAGGGUAUUGAUGUCUUUAUUGAUUUAACUGGUGCAUCACCUGAAGCUUCAGAAAAAGUCAAGCAAAUCGUCACCAAGAUCAAACCUCAAUUGUUUAUCCCAUCUCAAUUUGGAUCAGAUGUUGAACAAGUUCAGAAAUAUGCACCCGGAUUCUUGGCCAAAAAGACCCAAUUAUCGCAAUCAAUUCGUCAAUUGGGAAUUAAAGUGGUUGAUAUUUACACCUCAUUUUUUGCAAUCCCUGGAUCUGUGCUUUAUGAUAUGGUUACUCCAGUGGGGAUUUUUGAAGAUGGAAUUCAUUUGAUUGGUGAUAUUGAUCAAAAAUUCAGUAUAUCGAAAUUAGAAGAUAUUGGCAGAGUAGUCUUGUCAGUUGCCACUCAUAAACCAUACAAGGAUUUACCUGAUACCAUUCAUGUUGCUAGCGAUACCGUUACCGUUAAGGAUGUGAUUGACCAGUACGAAAAAUCAAAGGGAACCAAGUUGAAUAUUGUGUCCAAGAAGUCUGCUGAAGAAGGUAAAAAAGAAUUUCUAGACAAAUACAAUGCUGGUUUUGAUUUCAAUGAUUUUGUAUUUUAUUUACAAACAAUCAUUGCUCAAGGUGUGGAUAAAGGUGUAUACUUCGGCAAACUCGACAAUGAAUUGGUAAAUCCAAAUGAAUCAUUGUGGAAAUGGAGCAAGUAUCCAUAG